UGUGCACCACAUGACCUCGUUGCCGUGUCCCGUGACCAGCUCACGUGAAUUUUGACAAAUUCAAACGUUUUUGGUAGAAAAAAAUGGAUAUGUUGGAGCAGCACCUCGAACAGCAGGAUGUCAGGUAGUGUUUAUGUUAAAUAUCAACUGGCUGAUAAUGCGAACACCUAUCCCUCCUGUUUCGCUCGAGGUCUCCUCAAGGUCACCACGUAGUGCACAGUGCGCACUUACAAGACUUAGGACAACGGUCGUGGAACACUGUUAACGCGAAGGAUGACAGCGGCACGGGAAUUGUUAUCGAAGAAGCGGAAAUCGUCGACUGCGAAGGAGAAACUGUCGGAGAAGAUGGAAUGCGCUAUCAAGAAGCACUUGCGUAUAGAGUGGUCCAAGUAAACGGCACUACAGGUGGAAAUGAAAUAGAAUUGCCCGUUACUCAGCCAGGAAAUAAUACUGUACAGGUCCUAACAUCCCCGUUAAAUGGCCAGUUUUAUGUUAUUGGAAAUGCUAACGAAGUUUUCACCACUGCGCAAACUUCUAGAUCUCUGGUUCCUAGAACCACCACUUUACAAAUAGAAGCACCAAGAAAUUGUACUACAGGAUUGAAGAAGAGGGACGACAGGCGAAGGGCGACUCAUAACGAAGUUGAACGCAGACGAAGAGAUAAAAUAAAUAAUUGGAUUGCAAAGUUGGGAAAGAUUAUUCCCGAAUGCAAUACUACUUCGACCGCUAAUGGUAGCGGUAGCAGCGGCGAAGGCAAAGCAAAUUAUGAAACGCAGAGUAAAGGAGGAAUUUUGGCAAAAGCCUGUGAAUAUAUAGGAGAAUUGCGGGCAGCUAAUCAAGGGUUGGGUAAGUGUUUACGGGACAAUGAAAAGCUACGACAAGAAAUAACUGCCUUAAAGCAACUUAUUACACAGUUGAAACGUGAGAAUCUUCAACUCAGGACACAAAUAACAUCCACCACAGGAACUAAUGUUGAUGUUGUUCAUUUGAGUCCUUAAAAUAUUCUUAGUUUACAACACAGUGCUUCUUUUUGUAAAUAUUAGAGUACGUAAGCUGAUUUUUAACGAUCAGACGAAGUAUUUACUCUUAUGAUAUUUUUUUCAUGCGAGCCACAUCAAAUUUCGUCAUAUUGGAAUUAUAUUCUUCAAGGUAUAUAUGUGUAACAUGGUCCUAAUGGUAUGGUCAUAGCUGAAUUUUUCCAACUAUUGCGUCUGUAUAUAUUUUCGUCUGUCAAUUUUUUAAUAAUGCAAGGAAAUAGUAGCAUAGAUUAUUUUGUGCCUAAAAAAAAAUAAUUAAUCGUGUACGCAAAAUCAGAUUUUAUGCGCACGUAUAUUUUAUUAAAAUAUCGUUUCAUACGAUUAAAGAUAAUUCUUGUAAUAAGUUCGAGCUAUCUGUUGUAAAUAAUUUUUAUCUUUUCUUUUUCAUAGAAAAAGAUCAAUCACAGAAUUUCAAAGUUUACAUUUUUGAUGCUACAUUUGUACGAUUUAUCGAAAUAUUUUAAGUGCAAUUUUAUAUUUUAAUAUCACAGCAGUCGAAAAAGGAAUGAGGUCGAUAUCGUUAAAGUUACGACUAUUCCUCGUAGGACCUACUGAAAAUUAUCUUAUUUCUGUAUAUGCAUGUGCAUUGGAUCGAAUUACCUCGUGUACGUGAACGAGCCAAGGCUGUGAAUAUUGAACAUUGAUUUUGGAAUUUUCGAACUAUGAAGUUUUUUAAACAAAAAAAGAGAUAAAUUUUGUUGUAACAUGAUCGAUGAAAUUGCGAUAUGAAAUAUGACGACUGAAUUAUUAGAAGAUCGUUAAAUAUUUUUUAUUUUUAAUACUGUUUUCACAAGUGUAGAGUAGGUACUUGAUGAAAAUGAACUAGGGACUGAGAAUGUAAAAUAGAUUAAUCGUACACGUAUGGAUGUGUAUGUAUAUUUAUAUAUGUAUAUAUACACGUGUGUGUACAUAUACAUAUACGUAUGCAUAUAGCAAUAAACAUAUUUUUUUCAACUCGAGAUUCUGCACGCCAUGAAAGCGCAUCGGAGUCAUUGAAAAAUUAAGUAACUGGUUUGUAAUAUAUCGUUAAUGUAUAUAC